AUGGCCGGGAAAAUGGAUCAGACGAUGAUCAUCGUGUCCGGGAUCGUGGGUUCUCUAGGGGUACUGAGCGCCAUUCUGGGGUUCUCCGCCGAGGGCACAAAGCUUACUGGUUUGGACUUGGUGUCGGCCUAUGGGGUGUGCUUUUAUCCUCAGAAUCCGGCCCUGGCGCUUGGGGUCUGCGCGGCCAUCUUCCUGAUAAUUGCCCAAGUCGUCUUCGCCGUCGGCGGCGGCUGCUGUGGCUGCUGCAAGUCCCGCGCCAUGCCCUCCGAGACCAGCCGGAUCAUCGGCCUCGUCUGCGCCAUCGUCUCAUGGAUCUCGGCGGUGAUCGCGUUCGCGCUGUUCGUUCGGGGCGCGGCGUCGAACGCAACCGGGGCGCGGGACGCGACGAUACUCGGGCAGUGCUACGUCCUCAAGGAGGGCAUCUUCGCCGGCGCAGCGGUGCUCACGCUCGCCGCCACGGCCCUCGCGCUCACCUCCUACAUCCUGCUCCGCAGGCAGCCGGACGCUGCCGCCGCCGGGCCGAAGGCACAGCUUCCAGUGAGCGCGGCCGGGAUCUCGAUGGGGCAGCCGCAGUUCCCGCAGCAGUCUCCUCCCCAGGGGUACGGACAGGCGCCACCGCCGAACUACCCGCAGUACUCACCGCCGGCCCAGGGUACGUACGGGCAGGCGCCCAACGGACAGUUCCCUCCUCCUGCACAAGGCUAUGGAGGACACUCGCCGAACCAGCAGUUCCCUCCUCCUGCUCAGGUCUACGGAGGACACGCGCUAAACCAACAGUUCCCUUCGCCUCCUCCUGCUCAAGGCUAUGGACAGGCCCCGCCUCCUCAAGGGUAUGAGCAGGUGCAGGAAGGACCCGAGGUCGCUGCUGAAGUCGCCGAGGGUGAGACUGAUGGCGGUGCCUGGACAUCGGAGCCUGUGUAG